AUGGCUUCCAACAUACCCCACCAGCCCUUCCGCUUCGACGGCGAGGUCGCUAUUGUCUCUGGCGCAGGCUCCCGUAUGGCUGGCGAAAUCGGCAAUGGACGCGCGACGGCCAUUCUUCUCGCGCGGCAAGGCGCCAAAGUCGCCCUCCUGGACAUCAACGUCUCGUGGGCCGAGGAGACCAAACGCAUGAUUGACGCCGAGGGCGGCAUCUCCACAGUGAUCCGCGCCGACGUCACAGACGAGUCGUCGUGCAAGGACGCCGUGGCCAAGACGGUCGAGCUCUUCGGCACGGUGACCAUCCUGGUCAACGUCGUGGGCGUGGGCGGCGCCAUGGGGGACGCUACCGCACUAGAUCUCGCGGCCUGGGACCGCGACAUGCGCAUCAACGUCACGAGCAUGGUCCUGAUGGCGCGGCACGUGGUCCCUGAGAUGCGCAAGGUCGGCCGUGGCGCCAUCGUCAACGUGUCUUCGGUGUCGGGCCUCCUCGGCGGCAAUCCCAGCCUGUUGUACCCUACGAGCAAGGGCGCGACUAUUCAGAUGACACGGGCCAUGGCCGCGCAGCAUGGCACCGAGAAUAUCAGGGUCAAUUGCGUGUGUCCCGGCAUGGUGUUCACUCCGAUGGUAAGAAGCCGCGGCAUCUCCGACGACAUGAGACAAGCACGGAUCAACCAGAACAUGUUGAAGCAAGAAGGCACGGGCUGGGACGUGGGAUACGCAAUCCUCUUCCUCUGCAGCAAGGAAGCCAGAUGGAUCACCGGCCUGAUCAUGCCUGUCGACGCGGGCACCACGGCGGGGAAAUCGGUCGCGGACAGGCCUGCGUUGCCGGCGGACGUGUUGGCCGAGCAGAUGACGGGGAUACCGAACAGGGUGGGGCAGUAG